UUGGAACACCUGAUUAUGGUCCACCAAGGUCUAGAACGCCUGAUUGUAGUCUACCAAAAUCUAGAAUACCUGAACAUGGUCCACCGAGAGUUGGAACACCUGAUUUUGGCCUUCCGAGAAUUGGAACAUCAGACUAUGGUCCACCAAGAAUUGGUACACCUGAUUAUGGUCCACCAAGGAGUGGUACACCUGAUUUUGGUCCGUCAAGAAAUGGUACACUUACUUAUGGUCCGUCAAGAACUGGUACACUUGAUUAUGGACCACCUAGGGUUGGAACACCUGGUUAUGGACCACCUAGGGUUGGAACACCUGGUUAUGGUCCGCCACGUGGUGGAACACCUGGUUAUGGUCCGCCACGUGGUGGAAUACCUGGUUAUGGUCCACCGAGAGUUGGAACACCUGGUUAUGGUCCACCGAGAGUUGGAACUCCCAAUUUGGUUCCAUCGAGAGUUGGAACUCCCGGUUAUGGUCCACCGAGGACCGGAACACCUGAUUGUGGUCCACCGAGAACUAAAACACCUGAUCAUGGUCCAUCAUGA